CCGAUAUGUUGGGGUUGGAAGGACUUGUAGUUGUUUCUCUCACGGCCGGGGAGGGUCCCAGCGCCUGGUGGCGCGCAAUUUGGCGAGUCUCUGCGUGCGGUAGUUUCCAUCAGAACAGCUUUGUCGGAUCCCGACCGAUUCAGCAGGUGGUCUGGAUCUUGGCUGCCCGACGAACAUUCUCCGAUAGAACGCGCACGAGCGACAUAGCACGCUCGCGCGUUUGGAUCUAGUGCGCGUGAGGGACGCGCAGAGGGCGGGUGGGUGUGCCUCUGCAGUCACUUCUGACAUGCCUGUGCCUGCGAAAAGGCUCUAUGUAUGCCUAUGUGCGUGUGUGUGUGUGUGUGUGUGUGUGAGAGAGAGAGAGAGAGAGAGAGAGAGAGAGAGAGAGAGAGAGAGAGAGAGAGAAGACGGCAAUUCCAAGGACUGGAAAGCACGUGUGAACAAUCCGGCAGCUGAAGAUCGAUGACAGACAUUGUUCGGCAGCGGACGAGGAGGUGAGUGAGGUGACAUUUUUCGGGCGAGUUGGUCGCUGCCGUAGAUCGGCUGAUUGACUUCGUGAAAGUGUGGUGGGUGAAUAGGCAAGAAGUGGGCUACUACUCCGUCUGAAAAAAAGAAAAAAAACGUGGGCUACUCCGGUGGUGCGCCAGCUGGAUAUUGCUCGUCUGGAAGCCGUGAGGUAGUGUGUUGUCGGCGUGUGGCCCGUUCGUGUGACAGCUGUUUGUGUGCCAUCUGGAUCACCCAAUCUGGAGGGCUCUGUGGCGAGAGAGCGACACGUCUGCACGACGCUGAGUGCCACGUGGGACGUGGGCCUUGCGACCUCACAGAAGGAUAACGUGUACGAGAAGCUUUGGGGCACGUGCUACCGGUAGGUAGCCGACCGUUGAGUGAAGAGCAGUAAACGGCGGUAGAGAGAGGAGAAGGAGAAGGUGGAUCGAGAGUAGCGCCCGGAAAAAGAGACCUGCGGUUGGAAGGGAGGAAGCGGGUGGUUCAGACGAUCGGUUCCCGACCCACUCCCCGUCGUAUGUGGUAGCAGAGACACACACAGAGAGAGAGAGAGAGAGAGAGAGAGAGAGAGAGAGAGAGAGAGAGAGAGAGAGAGAGAGAGAGAGAGAGAGAGAGAGAGAAUCGGGGUGUAUUUCAACGCAUGAAUGUGGAUAGGAUUGGAAGGGGAGCGAAGCGGGAAGAGCUAUUAACUAUGAAAAGGCUACCAUGGAGGUGCGAUACCGGGGUAGAGAGAAGACCGGGUGGUGGUGUUGCUUCCCCUUUGCAGUCUACUUCUCCUUCUCCUCCUCCUCCUGCUCCUGCUCCUGUGUGUGCUCUAGCGUGCGCCUCAUCUUCGGUACAGAUCGAUCACUGCAGCUUUCUUUCUGAAAAAAUGAGACGUCAACAUGACCAUCGCGACCGUAGAUGGUUUUCGUCCGAAGCUGCAGGAGCAACAGCAGCAGCGGGCGAUUGGCCCUGGUUACCGUCGUGGACGGUCUUGGUGGCAGUGUUAUGGGUGCUUGCGCUGCAGGCGCUGGUGCCUAGUGUGGUGGGGACCGCAUGUUCUCCCGCCGCGGAUCAGGGAUGCAUCUCCUUUGCGGUGUACAGAAUGAAGAGGGAUGAAUCGCUUCUGGAAGUGGCGGAGCGAUACCGAGAGAGCGUGACGGGCGUCUUGCUGGUGAACGGAUUGACCGAGACGGCGACGACAAAAGAAGGUGAAGAAGUAUACAUACCUCUACGGUGCGCUUGUGACCAAUCGCAGGGCAUUUUCCGGGCAAAGCCCACGUAUACGAUCAAUAAAGGGGACACACUAAGCUUCAUAGCGCAGCAGAAAUACCAGUACAUGACGACAAUCGCCACCAUUGCAGAGGCAAGUUCGGUGAAAAACGUGGAUUUCAUCUUGGCGGGAGCGACGCUGACUAUCCCGAUACCAUGCGCGUGUAAUCGAACCAGCAUUCCGCCGUUCGCAUACACCUCAUUCCUGACCUAUGUGCCGCGGCAAGGCGACAAUGACGUCCUCCUCGCCGGCAAAUAUAACAGCAGCAAGGAAGCCAUGCGAACUGCCAACGAUGCCGCCCAAGAGGUCAAUAUUGAAUCGAACAAGCCGAUCGUUAUCCCGAGCAAUAAAACCUUUCCACCUUUGACAAUCAAUGCAUUACCUCCGGCACAGCCUAAUUGCUCUUUUCCAGAUAUGUGUCCUGGGCCUCAACCUGAGCCUCAACCAGAUGGCAACAAAACAGACUCUGGAAAAGGGCUCCCAUCGGCAGUUUUUAUUUCACUGCUUGUCGGGGGUGUGAUUAUCUUCAUACUUGCGGGCGUAUCGAUCGCCUACAUCCUUUCAAAGGCAUCGAAACGGCGGCGGCAUGGAAGGCGGGGUGUGCAGCAGGGAUCCUCUAUCACACGCCACUUCUUUAGUCGGAGCAGUGCUGGGACAGAGAAUACCACAGGGAGUUCCACACCUGCAGCUGAUGUACACGGCCAAUGUGGAGGUAUAAUUCAAUCUUCGGGGACGUACAUGAAGCUGGCAUCGAAUGUGGCUGGCUUUGAGGAGCCAGAUAGGAUGAUCGUGUUCUCGUACAACGAGCUGGCAAAUGCGACAGAUAACUUCAGCACUGCUAACAAGAUUGGACAAGGGGCUUUUGGAACUGUGUACUAUGCCAAGCUUCGGAACAGGACUUAUUGUGGCACUGCACCCGUCGAGCUUGAAAGUCAGGUUGCUUUCUCCAAGUCUUGUCUGGGAGGAAUGGCCAAGGAAUGGGUGUUGGCCGAGGCCAACGCCGCUGGCUUUGAGGAUAUAGGUGAAUGGGCUAAGAUCCUGACGUUGAGGCAGUUUCUUUAGAAAAUCAAGGAAAGAUUCAUUGACAAGACGACAACCGAUAAAGCUUUUGAUGAACU